CGCCGUCACGUCUGCUUGUUUACAACGGGUUUUAUUAACGUAGGGUAGGGUUUAUAAACGUUGUAAUAUAUCUAAUUUUUCUAUAGCUGGCUUUAAAAAAUUUAAAUUAAUACAUAAUAAUAAUAUAUGACCAGCUCAUGAUAGUAUUUAGGUCAAAAGGAAAGAUUUUCUUCGUUUAAUCGGAUCCGUUUUAUUAGACAGGUGUUAGUUCGCAGCUUCUAAAAUGCCUCAGUGCAAUCUCUCGAUAGCAGUUGUAUGCUCAAGUAAUAUGAACAGAAGUAUGGAGGCUCAUGCAUUCUUGAGCAAAAAGGGGUUUCUAGUGAGGUCUUUUGGAACUGGAGAUAAGGUGAAACUGCCAGGAACAGCACCAGAUCGGCCUAAUGUAUACGAAUUUAGCAGCACGUACGAAGAAAUUUACCAGGACCUGCUGAAUAAGGAUAAAUCCUUUUACACACAGAAUGGCUUGUUACACAUGUUAGACCGUAACAAGCGUAUAAAGAUUAGACCCGAGAGAUUUCAACAAUGCAAGGAGAAAUUCGACAUCAUUGUAACAUGCGAAGAAAGAGUCUACGACCAAGUCGUUGAAUACAUAACUAACAGAAUGCCUACAGAGAAUGCAUCAGUACAUGUGAUCAAUGUAGACAUUCAAGACAACCACGAGGAGGCGACAAUAGGAGCGUUCUUGAUAUGUGAAAUGAUCACGCAUAUGGCCAAAAGUGAGGACCUCGACAAUGAUAUUGACGAAAUGCUUCACCAAUACGAGAGCAAAUGUCAACGGCAACUACUUCACUGUGUUCUCUUCUACUGACUUUGAUUCGCCGUCAUUGAUUGAUUGCAAAUAUUACUGAGGCACAGGGAGAUGGUUUACUUCAAUUUUCUGUUUGGUCAAUAUUAUAUUUUUAUAAUUGUGUAGGUUUUAUAUUUGUAUGAAAUUCUAUUAUUGUGUUCAUUAAAUCAUUAUGAUCAAAUAAAGGAAAUUUGGAAUCAACAGGUUUUGUUACGAAGAAGUUUGGUUUUCUUUGUAGGCUCCAUGAAUGAAUUAACAGUGCAUAUUUGAAUUAGCUUGUGUUAUUAUUUAAGUUAUUUUAACGCUGUCAAUUUUAUUAUUAUUAUUUACUUUCACGAACUUUUCAUAUGAGUUGUUAUUUAUUUAAUUGUAAUAAGAAAGUGGUAAGCUUGUAAAAUUUAAAUAAAACUUAUAUGAGUUAUUGUUAUUUUCA